AUGUUAUCCCUACUGAAGAGACCUUGCAAACCGCUAAAGUUGGUCCAGUCUAGAUUAUUCGCCACAACUAAAAUCGGUUGUGGAAUGAGAGUCGGCAAUCAGUUUAAAGGUGCGGAUUUGGGACAUCAUCUUAAUGAUUACGAUUUAUUUGCCACAGCAAAAAGACCAGGGAGCAACAUAGAAAUGGUUUCGCCGGGGGCAAUUGUGUUUUCAAACAUGAAAGUUGUGCGUUCGCCAAAUAAGCAAAAGGAGCCAAUUGGUACCCUUUUACUCAACGAUCAGAUUUUCGAAGUAAACUUCAAGAGCUGCAAACUUGGGCACAACAACAACGUUUUUAACAUGGAUCAUAAGUUCUUGGAUUUGCUCCGGGCAUUGUAUCCAAAGCCGGAAUUAAUAGUACUUGGAUUAGGAAAGCAAACCAGAAUGAUCUCUAAAAGUACACGAGAGGGGUUUAAUAAGCUUGGAAUUCGUUUGGAGAUAAGCGAUACGGAGCAUGCAGCAAUGAACUACGAUAUGCUAGCAACAGAGAGAACGCCAGCACUAGUUGGGGCACUAUUACUUCCUUCUAACUGGUAA